AUGGCCACGGUUUACGCUAGCGUGUCUGGGAAAGAAUUUGCGAAGGGGGUGACGCUGGAUGAAGCGAAUCGCAUCGUGCGCGUUGACGCGGGCCUGCCGUCGCUGUCUGCCCUGCAGGUGGGCAUGGUCGUGCGUUCCAUUGGCGGGGUGCCGGUAGGGGAUGGCCGAUGCGAGCAGGCCCGCCACCACAGCAACCGAUCGCAGGUGCUGGUGGUGCUCGGCGCGCCGCCCAAGGACGAAUUUGAUCUAAGCUCUGACGACGACGACGCAUCAAACUUUAAGCCUCCGUCGACACUCCCUCCGCUGCCGCCGGAGCUCAACAAUAGUGUGGCCCAGAGCAGCUCCGCUGUUGUCUAUGAGGCCACCACGAAGUGCGGGGCGGGUGGAUGCGUCAUCAUCAUGUGCGAGGGGGCCAAUCCGGCCUUACCCAUUACCUUGGCAGCCGAGAAGGCAGGGGCGGAGGUCAUGUACAUCGACACGGUGGCUCGCAUGAAGACACGGCAGACUAUGGAAAAUGCCGGCGAGGUGUUGAAGAAGUCGCUGGAGAAAGGACUGUGGAUCUACGUGGAGCAGGCGACCAAGUCUAUUACGCUGCUGCGCCAGAUUAGCGACUGCAUUAUGGAGGUCCGGGCGGCGGGCAAGAUGCACGCUCAGUCUCGCGUGUUGCUCAUGUGCGAGCCGCAUCCCCACUUCCCCGAGGCACUGAUGCGCGGAAGCGUGACACUUCGCAGCCGACUGCAGAACAACAAUGUGGCGGAGGUGGACAUUCGCGAAGACCUAUCGGAGAGCGCGCGCCGAAAGCAGGCCAUCCAGGGCGAUGAUGUCGCCCCAAGUGAGACGGCCGCGAAGCCUGAGGUCACCAAAACCCGCAAGAAGGUGCGCAUCUCGAAUCAGGUGAACAUUGUGCACCUCGAGAAGAGCACCUUCAUGGAGAUGAGCGCGAGCGCGCAGCCUUCAGUGGAAGCUGGUACAUCCCACGACGGCAUCUCACGCGUGGCCAAAUACUCCUUCGGUUCGAAUGAGAACUUGAUCUCUCUCGCUUACGUGCGAGACCACCGCUUUGCUAUCGGCACGAAUAGCGGCUACGUCGUUCUGAUCGACCGCAACGGGCUCCCCCUGAUCCAGUUCCGGCCCCACAAGGCGUGCAUCUGGGAUGUCAGUUUUUCCUCUCAGUUUGACUUCUCCACUGCUUGUGAAGACGGCACGAGCGUCAUCUACAACUACUCGUUGACAAACCAGGAGCUGACAACGGUUUCCGUGGCCUCCUUCCAAAACGACGUGUUCGCCGUCACCUACGCAAACCCGAAUGACGUGAGUAGCGGGGUGCUCUCUGGCGGACUCAGCGCCACUGUCUGCGUCUUGCACUCAGACCGGCAAAACAGCUCUUUCAUCGCCUGCCGCACGUCUAUUCAAGCCAUGUGCGCCACUCAGAUGAACCAGGUGAUCGUCGGGGGCGGAACUGGCGUCUGCACACUUAUCGACACCAAUCACUGUGUGGUGACGGAUAUCACCCACGCCCACAAGAAGAAGGUGCCGGCCGUCAGCACACACGGUAGCGUAGCCGUGACCGGUGGCUUCGACUGCGUCUUGCGCCUCUGGGAUGUGCGCAACGGCUUCCAUUUGACGUCACAGCGACAGCUGAACGAGGUGAUUACGGCGGUGGCGAUGAAUGAGCGCUACAUCUCAGCUUGCAGCGGCUCGAGCCUGUACGUGUGGGACCCGCGUAAAAUGGAUCGCACGCUGGCGGUGAAGGCGAAUGCCUGGAAGGACUUGACGCGUGGGCUCGUACUAGACGGCAGCACAAUUGUGACCGCCUCCGUGGACGGCGUGGCGCGCAUCUGGGAGGUCAACUAA